AACAACAGCGGAAUGCUGCACAGUACAGAUUUUAUUAAUUCAAUUUGCUUUAUAAACUUUAGGUUGAACUGAAAGUUUUUUAUGAAACAAUUAAAGUUGAUCCUCAGUUUAUAAUUAAUAUAUUCCAUGUGGUUGAAAAAGUAUAAGCGGGCCGCGUGAGCAAAUAAAUCGCGAUGAGUUCCGUGUGUUAUAACGGCGGCGGCGACAGGCUCAUUCACGAGGCCGAUCAGCUCAUAUCGUAUAUAGAACGGGGGUCUACGGUGCUGCUGUUUUAUCCGCGGAAGAGGCCGGACCAGCGGACGCUGUCGGUGAGGCGAGAGACGCACCAGGUGAUCUGGUAUCGUUCGUCGAGUGGGACCCAGCAAAGGCACGCUUAUGAGGGCGCCCUCGACAUCCGGGACAUCAAGGAGGUCAGAGUGGGCAAGUCUUCGAAGGACUUCGAGCGCUGGCCCGAGGACACGAAGCGUCUCGAGAGCUCCAAGUGCUUUACGAUAUAUUAUGGCACUGAGUUUAAGUUACGAUCUGCCUCAUUUGCUGCGCAAACGGACAAGGACUGCGAGGCUUGGGUGAAAGGAGUCAGGUUCCUGGUGGAUGAAGCAAUUAAUGCCCCGUACCCACUGCAGAUUGAAAGGUGGCUUCGGAAAGAGUUCUACGCCAUAGAGAACUCACAUGAAAAAAUAUCUCUGAAAGAGGUGAAGGCUUUCCUGCCGAAGAUCAACUGCAAGAUAUCGACGAGCAAGCUGAGAGAUAUAUUCCAGGAGGUGGACACAAACAAAAGAGGCGAGAUCAGCUUCGAUGACUUCUCUACACUGUAUCACAAGCUGAUAUUCGAUGAGAACAACGUCCACGACGUCUUCGACAAGUACUCGCUGUACUGCGCCAACGGGACAACGAUAACGCUACGAGAGUUCCAGAAGUUUCUACUGGUGGAACAACAUGACCGCAUGGGAGAUGACGAGGCGAGGGCGUCACAGUUUAUACGGGACUAUCUCAAGGAUCCUCAGAGGGAUUGCUAUGAGCCCUCAUUCACACUUAUGGAGUUCAUCGAGAUGCUGUUCUCAAAGCACAACUCCAUCUGGGACGCGCGCCACGACCACGUGACGCAGGAGAUGACGCGCCCGCUCUCGCACUAUUGGAUAUCCUCCUCGCACAACACGUACCUAACCGGCGAUCAGUUCUCAAGCGAGUCCUCUUUAGAGGCCUACGUAAGGUGCCUGCGGUCCGGCUGCCGGUGCAUCGAGCUCGACUGCUGGGACGGCCCCGACGGCACGCCCUUCAUCUACCACGGACACACGCUCACCACCAAGAUACGCUUCAUGGACGUACUGAGAACCAUCAAGGAACAUGCCUUCAUCACCUCAGACUACCCUCUCAUACUAUCCAUAGAAGACAACUGCUCUUUACCACAGCAAAGAAGAAUGGCCGGCGCAUUCAAAGAUGUCUUCGGGGACAUGCUCCUAAUACAACCUUUCGAGAAAAAUGAAACCAGCCUCCCAUCCCCUCACGAUCUGAGACGCAAAGUCAUUUUAAAACACAAGAAACUUCCCGACGGCGCCGAGGAAAACUCCUUCUCCAUCAAACAGGAGGAGGGCAAAGAGUUAGACUUGAGAAAUACUAUCAAAAACGGGAUUUUACUACUAGAGGACCCUGUAGAUCGCGAAUGGCAUCCACAUGCUUUCUUCCUAACAGAGAACAAGCUGUAUUACACGGAGAAUUAUAAUACACAAGUCGAGACGGACGCGGAAAGCGAUGGUGAAUCGGAGACGGAGAGCAACGCCUCUGUGCCUCAGAACGAAUUGCAUUUCGGAGAGUGUUGGUUCCACGGGAAACUGGCAGGGAAUAGACAAGAGGCAGAGGACUUGCUAAGAGCCCAUGCACACUUGGGUGAUGGUACAUUUUUAGUGAGAGAAAGCGUGACGUUCGUGGGUGAUUAUUGCCUGUCGUUCUGGAGGCAAGGCAAGGCGAACCACUGUCGGAUAAAGUUGAAACAGGAGCGGGGGCUGACGAAGUAUUACCUGAUUGAUUCGAUUUGCUUCGACAGCUUGUACAGCCUGAUCACGCAUUAUAGGCAGCAUCCGCUGAGGAGCCAGGAGUUCCUGAUCACCCUGAAGGAGCCUGUGCCCCAACCCAACAAGCAUGAGGGUAAGGAGUGGUUCCACCCGCACCUGAACCGCGCGCAAGCCGAGGAGUUACUGAGGAAGGCCAACUGUGAUGGUGCCUUCCUCGUGCGCCCAAGCGAGAAAGACAGAGGGUUCGCUAUUAGCUUCCGGACAGAGAAAGAGAUAAAGCACUGCCGGAUAAAGCAAGAAGGCCGCCUGUACGCCAUAGGUACAGUCACGUUCGAAAGCCUGGUCGAGCUCGUCUCCUACUACGAAAUACACCCGCUGUACAAGAAAGUACGCCUCUGGUACCCGAUAAGUGACGAUAUUGUUAGGAAGAUUAUAUCUGAACCCGACGACAGUUCCGUGUAUGGGACCCCCGGCUAUAUGGACCCCACCUCUUUCACGUCCAAGGUGACCGUAAAGGCGUUGUACGACUACCGAGCCCGUCAAGACGACGAGCUGUCGUUCUGCAAGCACGCCAUCAUCACCAACGUGGACAAGCCCGACGCGGGCUGGUGGCGCGGCGACUACGGCGGCAAGCGGCACCACUGGUUCCCCGCCAACUACGUGCAGGAGAUAGAGACCAGAGUGCCGGAUAUCGCUAGUUGCCUAGAAACGGACGCGAGCGCCCUCGGCUCCUGGCAGAAGGGCGUGGUGGACGUGAACGGGGCCAUCGUGGACCUGUUCGUGGGGGAAGAGGACGGUUCGCCGCGCUGGCUCGUGCGGAUACAGAGCCCCAGCAUGUGCGCGCCGUUCGAGAUGCGAGCGCCUAACAACGAGCUAGCCCUCGAGUGGCUUUCAGCUAUCAAGGAGGCUGCACACAGCGCAAGCGCAAGAUCUCUUCAGCACCGCAAAAUGGAACGCACGUGGCGCAUAGCUCGCGAGAUGUCCGACCUCAUAGUCUACUGCCGCUCCGUCGCCUUCAGCCAGGACCGCCUCCGGAACAAGGGCUUCAUCUACAACGAGAUGUCCUCCUUCCCCGAGACCAAAGCGGAGCGCCUCAUGUGCCAACAGGACAACAACUUCUUCCUCAAAUACCACACCAUACAACUCAGCAGAAUCUACCCCAAAGGCCAACGCAUAGACUCCUCAAACUACAGCCCGGUUCAAUUCUGGAACUGCGGCUCUCAAAUGGUAGCGCUGAACUACCAGACCGCCGAUAAACCAAUGCAAUUAAACAUGGGGAAGUUUAAAGAAAACGGCGGUUGCGGAUUCGUUUUGAAGCCUCAGUUCAUGUUCGAGGAAGGCUACAAUCCCUACGACAAAAAGAGUAUAGAGAGGAAAGUGACCCCUGUGACGGUGAUGCUCCGAGUUAUUGGGGCGCGGCACCUGUGCAAGUCUGGGCGGGGCACGGCUAGUCCCUUCGUGGAAGUGGAGAUCAUUGGGGCUGAUUACGAUUCAGGGACCAAGCUUGUUACUAAGACUGUCGCGGACAACGGCAUCAACCCGGUAUGGAACGACAUAUGCGAGUUCGAGGUGUUCAACCCCGAGCUGGCGCUCAUCCGGUUCCUGGUGCAGGACGAGGACAUGUUCGGAGACCCCAACUUCAUCGGGCAGGCCACAUACCCCCUCAAGGGCCUACGGACCGGAUACCGAAGCGUGAUCCUGACCAACGGCUACUCCGAGGAGCUGGAGCUGUCAUCUCUCCUAGUUCACCUCAAGCUGGUCCAAGGUCGCUGAUCAACCCACGCAGCCACCCUCACAAGUGGCCACACACAUAAACUAAGUUGUACUACAGCUUGAGCC